GAGCACCCUAUCCGGCCAUGGCUCCUCCCCCUGGUGACGUGUGCUCCUCCCCUGGUGACGUCAGAUGUUCCUUACCCAACUUGUAUUUAGAACAAAUACUCUACGGCGUGUGACCUUAAACAGGGUCAACGAUAGCGAUAAAAUCCGGUGGAGUCAAGUGUGCCGCGUGAUGCAUCAUCACCUAUCAGGCUUCACACAAAUGGCGUCGAUUCAAGCAGCUAAGCGGGCGCUCAGAGUUCAGUUGAAACAAAGGAUUUCAGCCUUAAGCGACACAGAAAAGCUUCGACAGUCCCAGGCGGUGACUCGGAAGUUGCUCUCCCACAAUCGGUACCAGACAGCUCAGCGCAUCGCUGUGUUUUUGAGCAUGCCUGAUGAGGUGCAAACUGGGGACAUCAUCAGUGAUAUUUUUCAUCAAGGCAAAUCCUGUUUUAUUCCACGCUACCAGCCCCGCAGUACACACAUGGAUAUGGUCAGACUCAGUUCAGUGGAGGAAAUCCUCCAGCUGCCAGUAACAACGUGGAAUAUCCGCCAGCCUGGAGAGGAGGACUGCAGGGAGGAGGCACUGGCCAUAGGUGGCCUGGAUCUCGUGCUUGUACCGGGGCUUGGAUUUGACAAGGAAGGUCAUCGUUUGGGAAGGGGUAAAGGAUAUUAUGAUACUUUUUUAGAGCACUACAACCAUCAGUUUGCUGCCAAACCAUAUACCAUUGCAUUGGCUUUUCAAGAGCAACUUUGUGACUCCAUCCCUGUAACUGAAAAUGACAUUGAGAUAGAUGAGAUUAUCAUUGCUGGAGACCAAGAAAUGCUCAAGAUGUGACUCUGAAAAAUGCUGCUGACAGGAGUGACUGUACGAGCUGUGCUAAAGUGAGAAAGAAAAAUUGUAUGCAAUUUAUAAAAUAAAUCAUAUUCUCUUA